UCUUGCCCUACGCACAGAAGAACAAUUGUUGUUGAGAUGCUGACUUGAAGAGCCGGCCUUAAGCGACACAAAAUUAUUAUUUAAAAACAUUGUCGCGGUGACGCAAAGGUUUCAAAUGAACAGUGGACUGGUAGGCUAUAGAGAGAUGCAUGGGUAGUGCGUGUGCGCCUGGUGGUUAUGCUACUAAUGACAGCGUGAUACACUUAUGAGAGCUUGCACUCGCCGCCUCCGGUCAGAGCCGUUGUAGAAGAAGAUGCUGAAUCGGCUGCGCGCUCGUGAGAUAGACUACCCCGGAUAGGCUAUGUCUCCUUUUCAAAUUUCACAAAUGUCUCCCUUGCUUCUGACAAUAGAAGACGAUACAUUGGCACAGCGUUGGGAACGGUUUAUUAUUACAUUUUGCUGCUGGAAAUAAAUAGGCUGCCUGUCUAGAGAGAUGUGCAUCGCCCCAAAGGAGACAUCAAGUUUGACAACACCAUCUAGACUACGAUGAAGCAGGGUGCACGAGGAGUUAGAGCGUUUGGUUUGGCUGGAGACUUUAUGUUACCGCUUUUAUCAAUGGCAUGACUAUUUCACCACGCACAAUGGAGGAUAAAUCCAACAAACUAAUUUUGAUUCCGAUACUGGCCGUGGUCUUCUUGAUGAUAGGCUAUCAGUACAUUUGUCCAGCCGGCAAUAACUCUUGUCGCUUUCUAACUGGGGACAAGUUGAGUGGAAUGUUCCGGCAAUAUCACUCGGGGGACGACAUUUACGCGUACCAAGAUGGGCUGGACGAGGAGGGUUCCUCAAAAAUUCUGUCCAAAUUCAAUUUUACUGACCGAGACCUUGAGCGACACGUGGAUUUCAACAUCAAAGGAGAUGACGUUAUAGUGUUCCUCCACAUCCAGAAGACCGGCGGGACUACUUUCGGACGACACCUUGUCCGAAACAUUCACCUCGAACAGCCCUGUGAUUGUAUGCCCGGACAGAAGAAAUGUACCUGUUACCGCCCGGGCAAAGCGGAGUCCUGGCUUUUCUCCAGGUUCUCUACUGGCUGGAGUUGUGGUCUGCAUGCGGACUGGACCGAGCUCACAAACUGCGUGCCUGCAGUGAUGAACAAGAAAGACAAGAAGGAUGCUCAGAGGAACGGACGAAACUUCUACUACAUCACCAUGCUGAGGGACCCUGUCUCCCGCUACCUGAGUGAGUGGAAGCACGUGCAGCGCGGCGCCACCUGGAAGACAGCCCUGCACAUGUGUGACGGCCGCUCUCCCACCCAGGACGAACUUCCCGCCUGCUACAGUGGCGACGACUGGACCGGGGUCACGCUGACCAACUUCAUGGACUGCCCUUCCAACCUGGCCAACAACCGGCAGGUCCGCAUGCUGGCCGACCUCAGCCUGGUGGGCUGCUACAACGUCUCCACCUUCACCGCCGGCGCCGAACGGGAGCGCGGCCGCGUCCUACUAGCCAGUGCCAAGAACAACCUCCGCAACAUGGCCUUCUACGGCCUGACCGAGUUCCAGCGCAAGACACAGUACCUGUUUGAGCGGACGUUCGGCCUACGCUUCAUCCAGGCUUUCACGCAGAUCAACAGCACGCGCGCGGCCAGCGUGGGGGUGGGGGAGGGGGCUCUGCGGCGGCGCAUCGAGGGGCUCAACGCCCUGGACGUGGAGCUGUACGAGUACGCCAAGGAGCUGUUCCUCCGGAGGUACCAGUACAGCCACCAGACACAGCACCGGGAGCAAAGGCUGAGGAGGAGGCAGGAGAGGCAGGAGGAGAGGCAGGAGAGGCAGGAGGAGAGGCAGCGGCUUCACCAGCACAGAGCCCCUAUCUCCAAAGCCAGGAGGGAGAAGGAGGAGAGGGAGAUAGAGGUGAAGGAAGGGGAGGAGGUGGGAGGUGUAGCCACCACAGAGGACUACAGCAGCCAGGUGGUGAGAUGGUGAGGCCGUAACACCCAUGUAAGGACUUCCUGUCAGUUUCUCUUUCUCUCUCUCUCUGCCUGCUCCCUCUCUCUCUCUCUGCCUUGGGCUGCCCAAUGGUGUCUUAAUCUUUCAGAUAGAUGUAUUUAUUAUUACUAUGUAUUAUGAUGUGGUAAACUUUUGUUUCUCCUCUCAUGCAGAGUAUAUUGUGUGUGUUCAUUUUCUAAUGCUUGUCUGUUCUUCAAAGUAGGUGAACAACUCUAGGGUGUCAAAUGGACAUUCUACAAGAUUUUAUCAGAAUCUCCAUGGGACUGUACGUAAACAAAAUGAGCGCCUCAGGAUUCUUGAAAAGUAAUGUGGUUCGCUUAGGGUUGCAAAGGGAGGGUACAGUACUGUGAAAAGGUUUUAGGCAGGUAAGCUAACAAGGUGAGGUUGCUGAAGACAGUUUACUGUCAAAAGUCAUACACCAUGGCAAGACUGAGCACAGCAACAAGACACAAGGUAAUUAUACUGCAUCAGCAAGGUCUCUCCCAGGCAGAAAUGUCAAGGCAGACAGGGGUUUCCAGAUGUGCUGCCCAAGCUCUUUUGAAGAAGCACAAAGAAACGGACAACGUUGAGGACCGUUGACGCAGUGGUCGGCCAAGGAAACUUACUGCAGCAGAUGAAAGACACAUCAUGCUUACUUCCCUUCGCAAUCGGAAGAUGUCCAGCAGUGCCAUCAGCUCAGAAUUGGCAGAAAACAGAGGGACACUGGUACACACAUCUACUGUCUGGAGAAGUCUGCUCAGAAGUGGCCUUCAUGGAAGACUUGCGGCCAAAAAGCCAUACCUCCGACGUGGAAACAAGGCCAAGCGACUCAACCAUGCAUAAAAACACAGGAACUGGGGAACAGAAAAAUGGCAGCAGGUGCUCUGGACUGAUGUGAAAUAUUUGGCUGUAGCAGAAGGCUGUUUGUUCACUGAAGGGCUGAGAGCGGUUCAUGAAUGAGUGUCUGCAGGCAACAGUGAAGCAUGGUGGAGGUUCCUUGCAAGUUUGGGGCUGCAUGUCUGCAAAUGGAGUUGGGGAUUUGGUCAGAAUGAAUGGUCUCCUCAAUGCUGAGAAGUACAUGCAGAUACUUAUCCAUUAUGCAUUACCAUCAGGGAGGCAUCUGAUUGGCUCCAAAUGUAUUCUGCAGCAUGACAACGACCCCAAACAUACUGCAAAAGUCAUUAAGAACUAUCUUCAGCGUAAAGAAGAACAAGGAGUCCUGGAAGUGAUGGUAUGGCCUCCACAGAGCCAUGAUCUCAACAUCAUCGAGUCUGUCUGGGAUUACAUGAAGAGAGAAUCACCUGAGGCUGCCUAAGUCCACAGAAGAACUGUAGUUAAUUCUCCAAGAUGUUUGGGCCAACCUACCUGCUGAGCUCCUUCAAACUGUGUACAAGUGUACCUAGAAGAAUUGAUGCUGUUUUGAAGGCAAAGGGUGGUCACACCAAAUAUUGAUUUGAUGUAGAUUUUUCUUCUGUUCACUCACUUUGCAUUUUGUUAAUUGAUAAAUAUAAUCUAUUAACAUGUCUAUUUUUGAAAGCGUUCUUACUUUACAGCAUUUUUUCACACCUGCCUAAAACUUUUGCACAGUACUGUAUAAUACUGGAAACUUUCAAAGUUUACCAGUAAACUACCACGAUUUUGGUAGCUUUCUUUUUGUAUUUUAUCACAUGACAUCUACAGGUCAUUUUGGGUACUUCAGUUUAUCACAGGUGUCUAUAAUUAUAUAUGGCCCUUUAUGUGGCCUUAUCACAUGUAAAAUGUAUAAAAUAAUCACAUAAGAUUUUAAAAUAAGAAAUUGAAUGAAAAACCUGUAAAAUAUUAUCCAAAUAUAAACCAUCAACUUAGUGAAUACCAUUGGUGUUUAAUAUGAGGGUUUCAGCAUAAAACACCGUUAUAUUUUUUUACACACUUUUAUGUCUUUGUUGUAACUGUUUUGGCGCCAAACUUGUGGCAGUUGUGCAAAAAGUCAAUAGUUGUAAGAGUUGCAGAGUUAAAUGAAAAUAAUGCCAUUCUUGAUUAGAUGCUUUUUUUUCAUUAAUUAGGCUAUUUUCUCUUGAACGAUAUGGUCUAUACACUAGAAACUCAUGGACAAUAUGGACACAGAUAUAAAAAAAUGUAUACAUAUAUGAAUAUAUAUUUUUUAAGUUAUUCGAGUAAAUGACCAAAGUUACCAAAGAUUACAUUUUAAUUACCAAAAUUACUGAAAAUUCCGGUAACUUUGGUGAAUUAGCGGUAGCUUUGCAACCUAGGACUUGCUCAUGAUAUCUAAAGUAAGAUACGAUAGUAAAUAACACAAUAAAGGAUUCAUUAACCACCCUCCCAUACUUUGGUCAUUUAGGACAGGACUUGUAUUAGUUUACCUUGUAAGUUUGCUUUCCAACUAUGAGUUAGUAUGUACAGUAUGAUGGUAUUCAAGACGUUCACCUGUAGGAAAGCUGUUCAUUAAAUGGACACAGCAUACCACUGA